AUGGACACAUCUGGUGUUUUGUUUGGAUUGGCGAAGAAUGGGAGGGAAAUCAAAUUCGAGAAAGAGGUGAUUGAGGAAUCGGGAAAGGGAAAGGUGAACCCCCCUCGUCUUCAGGAUGUGGGUCAGAUGGGGAAGCGGACAUUUUGGGAUGAUUUAGCGACGGUUAUUUUACAAAGGAAAAGUGCGACGCUCAGAUUUUGA